AUGGCGGUCGACGAAGCCACCCAGACGAACGGCAACCCAGCGCCCACCGCGGGACAACUGGACGCAAAAGACGCGAAAGAGAGUGCCUGGUCGGUCGAGAGCGUCCUCGCCGAAAUUACCCCCCGCUACGCUGAAAACACCGAUUCUCCCGUCCCCUUCUUCCACCUCCUAGAGCGCCUGAAGACGACCCCACGUGCAGGAUGGCGCCGCUUUGGCAUCGACAAGUGCGAGAGCAUCUCCGACCACAUGUACCGCAUGAGCAUCAUCACCAUGAUGGCGCCCGCGUCUCUCACCAGCAAACUCGACAUCCUCAAGUGCUGCCGCAUGGCGCUCAUUCACGACAUGGCCGAAUCGCUGGUCGGCGACAUCACGCCUGUAGACCCAGUGUCCAAAGAGGAGAAAUCGCGCCGCGAGAGUGAGACCAUGGACUACAUCUGCACCACACUGCUCGGCAAGUUCAACGGCGGGUUGAACGGGAAAGAUGUCAGGGCGAUAUGGCAGGAGUACGAGGAUAGCGAGACACCAGAUAGUCUAUUCGUGCACGACGUCGACAAGAUUGAGCUGCUAUUGCAAAUGAUCGAGUACGAGAGGGCGCAUAAAUGCGAGUUGGAUCUGGGAGAGUUCACUUGGGUUUCGCAGAAGAUUCAGAGUGACGAGGUCAAGGGGUGGGCUGAGCAAGUGUUCCGCGAGAGGCAAGACAUGUGGAAGGCCGCGGGCAAGACACCGACUUGGAGGGCAAACACCGAACCAAAGGAGAAGGCAUAG